GUCUCUCUCUCUAUCGCAGAUAGGUGCUUUGUCUCCUUCUUCGAUAACUCCGAUCACCUAAAAAAACAAUCUUUUCUUUUGUUCAAAGCAUUUCUCUUUGAUAAAGAAACAUACAUAGCUUACUUAGCUAAUUCAAUUCCUCGCAUUUUCGAGGUAGUUUUUGCAGUUUUUUUUCCCUUUCGAUCGAGUUUCAGAUCUGAAAUUCAAUUAUUAGGGCUUUCGAUUCUGCAUUGUCAAUGACGAAUUCGCGUUUCAAUGUAAAGAUCUGAAGAAAAAGUUCCGAUUUUUUGGAUUUUGACUUGGAGAUUUCCAAUGGCUGGUUUUGAAGAUGAGAAGGUCUUGUGGCAAUGACGUAAAUUUAAGCAGAAAAGUUGUUCGCUUUGAGAUAAGAAGAAGAUGGGAUCUGGGCGGAGCAAAUCAUGUCGAGGCUCGUCGUUGCCGUCUUCGACGGCGAGAGAAGAUUCCGUCACGGCUCCACCUCCGUCGUCUUUGAGUGGUGGUGGAAGGAGGAGAAGAUCAAUGAGUAUGCUUUGUUCUCUUCACUCUUCUUGCCUUGCUUCAUCUUCUACUUCUCACGACAGUGACGAUGAUGAUGUACAGGUAUGCAAUAGAUGGAUGAGGAAGAGUAAUGGAAGUGUCUCACGAAGAAGAACAGAAUCUAGGAAUCAAGGGGAAGCAGAGGAUUGCUAUGAUAAAGAAUUAAAUGAUAAGAAGAAAUCUGAAAACGAUGAUCUUGAGCUUGAUGAUGAUUGUGGUAUUGAAGAAGAAGAAGAAGCAAGUGUAAGCACUGUACAUGUUGGAGGUUCGAUUCAAGAAUCUACCACUCCAGGUCGCGUUUUCUCGCAUUUCAAAUUCAUUCCUGGUAACAUAAGCUCUAGACUUAGCAGAGCUUCAAGCUCAAGAUCCUUUAACACCACUUAUCCAGUCCCUUCCUCUCCUCAAACGAUUGAACGAGAAGAAAGUGCUAUUACUUCACCUUCACAAUCUGCUAUUAGGCUCGUUGAUAGAAUCGAAUCUCCGAGAAUUCCUGAUAAUGUAGUUAGAGAUAUUGAUGGUAGCUUACGUUCUCCGAUAGUAGUUAAUGGCAUGGACAGUACUUACGCUGGAGCUCUUGAUAGAAGACACGUUGGUCGUGAACCUUCCAUUGAGCGGAAUGUUAGAUUUAGCAGAACUCUGAGUGUUGGACGGCUCCGAGACAGAGUCCUUCGCCGAUCUUCACUCUCUGAUUUCACAUUCCGACCGCGAGAAGACGAUACUGAUCUCUUCUCUGCUGAUACAGCAGCAGCAGAAGAUACUCCUGUGAGUUCAACAUCUAUACUUAACCGUUCCGCUACAACCAUUCGAAGGACGUUAUUUGGAAUCCAAGAUCAUGAGACGCCAAGUCCUCUUGUCAGAGAAGGAAGGUAUCAAGGUUUAUUAGAGCACAGAUCAGAUUUUCUUGAAAGAAGGAGAAGAAUAAGAUCUCAGGUUCGUGCUCUUCAGAGAUUAGGAAGCCGGUUUGAAAAUGUCACAGGGCAUCAUGAUAGGGCUUGUGUCUUAUCUGGUCAAGAUCAAGCAGGUCGUUGCACAUGCCGUGCAGUUACUAACCGUGGCUCAACUACAACAACUACAACUACAACCGAUGAAACAAAUGCAAGAGCUAGCAUCUCAAGGAUAGUAUUGUUAGCUGAAGCUCUCUUCGAGGUUCUUGAUGAAAUUCAUCAGCAAUCUGUUGUUUUAUCCUCUCAACAACCAUCAGUAUCAUCAAUAGGAUCUGUUCCUGCACCCAACGACGUUGUGGACUUGUUACCUGUAAAAAAGUAUACUAAAUCACAAAGCGAUGAUUCGUCACAAUGUUACAUAUGCCUUGUUGAGUAUGAAGAAGGAGACACUAUAAGGACACUUCCUUGUCAUCAUGAAUUCCAUAGAACAUGUGUGGAUAAAUGGCUGAAAGAGAUUCACAGAGUAUGUCCACUAUGUCGUGGAGACAUUUGUAGACAUGAUCCAUCACCUGAACGACACUGAUUGCAGUCUUAGAUAUUAUGAUUCUGCAAGAGACCAAGAACAUUCAUUGGUUUUUUUUCUGGAACUGGAUCAAAAUGUUGUAUUUUUGCUUGUUCGUUGUACUUUACAGUUGAAAAAACAAAAUUCACACUUUCUAUCAAGAAAAUGUAAUCUUCUGUACUUAAUUGAUCCAUCAUAUCUGUAAGAAGUAAAUCUAAUGAUGUUUUGGGUGCUCAUAAGCAUCUUUGCUUC